AUGUUAUCCAUAAACAAAAAUGAAGUUAUUGAAGGUUCCAGCGUUUCCCACACUGAUGCCACACCUCUACCGUCAGAAGACCAGGCUAUUGACAUUGACUAUACUGCAGGGCCAUCUUCAAAGCGGCCAAAGAUUCAACGAUCAAUAAAAAAUAGCUUUGAAGAAAUUGUUUCUAAUACAUCUACUACUGGUGAUAAAGCAAGAAAAAUUAAUAACACCAUUUUAUAUUUCAAUUAUAAAGACAAUCAGCUGUUUUCUUUGGUAGAUGAUGAAGGUUUCAAACAUCUUCUUAAAGAGACUGCUCCUUACUAUAACAUACCAAGUACAAGUACCACUACAUGGUUGCUUGAUGAGAAAUAUGAUGUCUUGUCAACUUUAUUGAAAUCAAAAAUUUGUAGUGUUGAACAUGUGACUUUGACCAGUGAUAUUUGGUCAGACAUGCAGAUGCGUAGUUUUUUAGAUGUAACUGCUCUUGUUGAACUAGGCACGGAGUUUCAAUCAGUUACAUUGGGAUUUUACCAUCUGGAUCAACGACAUACGUCUGAAUAUAUAGCAGCCGUUCCUAGUAGGAACUGCCCGAAAAGUCGAGAGAAAGAAAAUACAAAAUCGACAAGACAAACCAAACUCUAUAAAUACUGGCUAAGCAAUAGGUUUAGUAGACUCACUGAAGAGUCAGAAAAACAAACUAUGGAAAUACCAGAUGAUAGCACCAAAAAAGAACGCAAACCUCCACCAAUAUGUACCACUGGAGUAGAAAAUAUAAAUUUCCUCAUAGCACUGUUAGAUGCAGAAAUUGCAGGCAAAUGCAGUAUAAAAGAGUAA